UUUGCUCUAUUUGUGUUUAUAUUUGUAAUUGAAGAUGGAAACGUUCAUCCCUCUACGCAAUUAUCAGAAUCAUCGUCGGGUUUUGCGAAGGAUCGAUACGCUGGUGGUGUGCAAGCAGUAUUCGAAUCGAACCCUCUUCUUGCCGCCCUUUAUUUGAGCUCCUCGUUGGGUAUUCCUCCGGUGUCCACCGGUUUCAAUCAUGCUCAACAUCUUCCAAUCAACCCCUACGUGGCACUUCUUCUCUCGCAUUACGGCAGAUACCUCAACUUACCACCGAAUCGCACCUCCAAAGGAAUAUACGGAUACACAGCAUCCAACAACUACCACAACAACAAACCCUUUGGUGCCUACAAAAUCCAAGAAGAUGUCUAACACUA